AUGAUUGAAAAGAAUGAAUUGAAACGAAAGAUUUUAUUAAUCAGAUAUUUGAACCGAAUCUCAAUAAUUCCAAAAAAUAAGAAGGAAAUUAAAACUUUGAAUGUGACAUUGAAUGGAUUGGAGUAUGUUGGAAAAUCAUCUUUGACACUUCGAUUUGUGACAAAUAAUUAUGCAUUUGAGAAUAAUGAUCCAACGAUAGAAGAUAAUUAUUCUAAACAAUAUAAUGUUGAUGGAAUUCCAAUUUUAUUUGAUAUUCUCGAUACAGCUGGACAGGAAGAAUUCAGACCACUGAGAGGUCAGUAUCAUCAUAGAAAUACUGAUUGCUUCAUUUUGGUUUCCUCUUUAGAAAAUAUAAAAACAGUAGAAGAAUGUGUAUCUUUCUUGAACUCAAUUGGUUCCAAUUAUCAAUCAAUCAAUGACAUACCAAUAAUAUUUGUACUCAAUAAGGUUGAUUUAUUGCAAGAUUACAAGGAAAGAAUGAGGAAAAUUGAAGAAUUUAGAAAGGUGAUUGAGUCACUAAUUGAGGCCUAUCAUUUGUUAAAUACUAAAAUUAUUGUAACGAGUGCAAAAAGUGGAGAAUGUGUUAAUUUAUUAUUUGAAGAAAGUGAGCGAAUGGUACGAUUUUCAAAUGAAAACGAUUUGAAAUUAUUACAUCAAGUUGUGGAGCUAGAUUCAAAGUCAACCAAGGCAUUGAUCAAGAAACAGAGAAAGAAAAAAUGGUGGUAG